AUGAAUUCAGCUACAGGAGCAACCUCAGAGCUGUUUAUUUUGGGAUCAACCCUAUUCAGCCUAAACGAUGCCAGAACAAGUUUGACUGGCACCACAGACGCUGAUCUUGAAGCUGGUAAAUGCCGCGAAUCCUUGACAGAACAGCACAAGUCAACACCUUCCACCCCACCCACAACAGAACUCAAAUCAACUAAGAACCAACCAAAUGAAGCUUUGUCAAUGUGGGUUGUCCGCAUUGCCAUCUGUGCUGAUGCAAUGAACUCACAGGUGCUUGGACCAAACUAUCCACUCUUAGUAUUGGAAGAAGGAUCUCCUGAAUCAUUCAUUUCCACAGAUCCAUUGGGUUUCAGUGGGGCAAACUAUUUCAUUCCAAUGUGCUCCAACCUUGGGAUGUUCUUCUCUGCCAUUGCAUUUGGCAAGCUUUCUGACAAAAUUGGACGUAAACCAUGCAUCCUGGCAUGCAUGUACAUUGGGGUGUUGGGCUCUCCGAUCAAGUAUGCCGCAAGAGGCAACUUCUGGACAUUCUGUGCAGCAACGUUCUUUAAUGGUUUGUUUGGUGGCUCAGCUGCUGUGGGCAUGGCAUAUGCUAGUGAUGUCACUGAAAACAGACUCCAAAAGGAAGCACAAAUUGGAAUCAUGAUUGCCACAAGCAUGUUGGGAAGGACAGGAGGAGGGGCCACAGCCAUUCUCAUGGAAAGCAUUGGACUUUUUGCUCCCUUAUGGGUUAGUGCUGCAAUCAGUUUCCUUGCUGGAGUCUCAUGCCACAUGUGGAUGAUAGAGACUGUGCACAAGAACAAGCCAGAAGAAACAUUUGAAGCUACCAAGGAAGCUGACACCCCAAACUGUUCUGCUUCUGAAGCUUCAGCGGGUGAUAAAGAUUCACAAAAUCUUCACAUGAAGACUCUGCUACAUGUCCUAGCAGGGGAGCUAGCUGAUCAUGUUGGAUCUCUAGGCCUUGUCCCACUUUGUCUCAGUCCAUUGAUGUUCAAUUCCUUCUAUGUAAACUUUGUUGAACAGAACCAAGACCCCAUUAUGAGUGCAACAGCCUACAAAUGGAUCUACAUCUUCCCUGCUGUCUUGGUUCUGCCUGGGGCCAUUGUGGCACCCUACCUGUUCAAGAAGUUUGGUCCAGCCCUUAUUGCCUCCCUCUCCAAUAUUCUGACUGGAGCUGUGACCAUUGCACUAUUGCAUAUUGCCAUGAUGGAACCAGCAACCACUACAACCUUUGCAGUCUUUGUUGCUGUUCUUUACAUUGCCUUCCCUCUGACAGUGAUCAGUCAAGUCUCCACAGGGCCCAUGUUGGAUCGUAUUGCUCCAGAAUCUCGAUGGGGACAGAUCCAAGGCUUCAAUGCAGCAGCAAUGAACCUGUCCAGUGCCCUUGGUCCAUUUUUGUAUGGUCUUCUUACAGAUGCCACCAGCAUUGAAGUUACCCUUCACACAGCUACAGGUGUGAGUGCAUUGGCAGGUUUGAUCAAUGCAAUGCUGGUGAAAGAACCCCGCUUCCGUCCAAACAAUGAGGAGGUGGAGGAGAGGAAGUCUGCACAGAACAGCUACGACGAAGCAUUGAUAUCAUCCAAUACGACAGGCAUAAAAGAGUAUGAAGUAUAG